GCACAAAAAGCUAAAUAGUGAAGGUAUGAGUCAGCAGGUCAUGGCCCUUGUGUGUGACUGGGUGCAAUUCUGAAUAAGUGACAGAGAGACUAUGUGUGUGAACAUCUCACACGUGUGUCAUGGAGUAACCACGUGAGAGUGUGAUUUGUGUGUGUGUGUGUGUGACUAGGCUAUCAUUUAUGCUAUUGCUCUCCCAUUCUUGUCCUUGGUUGUGGUUCUAUGUAUAAAAAAAGGCAAAAAAAAUGUUUUGGAAAAACCACUGUUUGAUUGAAAAAGAAAUGAAAAGAAACACUGGCAAAUCUGAUGUUUUAAGUCACAAGUAAUGGUAAGAUGGUAAUUUGGCCAUGAUUUGCCCGAAAGAAUAGAAAUUCAUGUAUCUGUAGGAAGAUUUUAAAAAUUUAAGUUGGGAAACAAUGACAUAGGUUUUGCCUCUGGGGUCCUGUGCCCCUCCAGCUUCCUGUUCCUAGUUGUAUAAUUUUUCUAGAGGAACUUCAGCUAAAGCGGAUGGGACUCCCAGUAACAAACGUCUAGUUCCUAACCUACCUUGGGGCUUACCCGGCACUUUUUUGGACAGCCUUUCCAUGUUACUCAGCAUGUGUGAGCAAGGCUGUGUGAGAGCAGGAGGGCCAGGGUAAGUGGGAAGGGUUAUAAAGUGGGGCAAAUGAGAAAGGGGUACACAGGGGGUAGGAGUAGGAGCAAUGGUGCUUGAUAGGUGUCUGAGUGUUUAAGUAGUAGGAGUACAAGAGAGUGAAUGUGAGAAAGUGGUAUAUGAGAGGUUUGAAGGAGAAUUUGUGACAAAGGUGUGAAAGGGGUAAAUUCCAGACAGAAAGGGCAGGAUGUGGGGAAAAGCUAAAGGGAAACUUAGCUGAAGUGAUCCUUUGUUCAGGCAUGAAAGAGCAUGAGUGUGUUUGGACAGGCUGUGCACCUGAGGGUCCAAGGAAUAGGCUGAGAGGACCAGAACACUGUGGGACGGCGGGGCUCAAGUGGGCGGUCACGUGACUGUGGCAGGCGUUUGGGAGGGCUCUGGUCAUUUCCCUUUCCCUGGGGCCCCCAUCAUCUCCUUAAGGCAAGGACAACAGGGUUUUCCCUUUUUAUUCUGAGUUGUUGUUUUAAUGCAGAGAAGGAGAGCUUCUGAGGGACUCAGGGAGCAGUUCCACAAUGUGUUGGUGAGAGGGACCACCAGGGAGGAAGUCCUGUGUGGAGGAGAAAGUUGGGGUGUGUGGGUAGGGAUCUUGGAAACUGAGGCCGAGACCCCGGUGUGUGUGGCAGGCUGUGGAGCCUGAUGAAGGAGAAAAUCAGAUGGGCCAAUGCUGUGAGUCACCGGGAAGGGGACCUCACGGAAGUGGGGAGUGCAUGAGUAUCAUAGACGCCCCUGCGCUUGAGGCUGGAGACUGACGGGGAGCGCCUGUCACAGUGAAGAGGGGGUGGGGUGAGAGAGUGCCGGCGUCUAGGCUGGGGAAUUGGUCUCUGGGCGCUUCUGGCAGCGCGGGAGUCGCUUGCCUGAGGCUGGCUUGGGGCCUGGGGGCGUGUGCGCGCGUGUGCGGGGGCGGAGAGCCGGGGGCUCCCCCGCGCGUGGCUGUGCCUCUGCGCGGCCGGGUGCGUGAGCGCGGGCAGGAGCGGAGCGCACCGCCGAGGCGGCAGGCAGCCUGGGUUAUCUGAGCCGCUCAGUCUUGGGUGGCUGCGCCCAGCUCUCGGGCGGCGGCGGCGGCAAAGGAGAGACGCGCUGUCGGGGCGAGGCGGUUCGGAGAAGCGAGACCCGGGCCCGGACAGCAGCGGCGGGGAGCAGAGCAUGGAACAGCGCUCUGGCCGGGCAGUCCUGAAGUUGAGUUUGAGAGGCGAAACGGCGGCGGCAGCCGCGCUCCUCCCGCUCCUCUGCCUCCCCAUGGAUAUGCACUGCAAAGCAGACCCCUUCUCCGCGAUGCACCCAGGGCACGGGGGUGUGAACCAGCUUGGGGGGGUGUUUGUGAACGGCCGGCCCCUGCCCGACGUGGUGAGGCAGCGCAUCGUGGAGCUAGCCCACCAAGGCGUGCGGCCCUGCGACAUCUCCCGGCAGCUGCGGGUCAGCCACGGCUGUGUCAGCAAAAUCCUGGGCAGGUACUACGAGACUGGCAGCAUCAAGCCUGGAGUGAUAGGCGGUUCCAAGCCCAAAGUGGCAACGCCCAAAGUGGUGGAUAAGAUUGCUGAAUACAAGCGACAGAACCCAACUAUGUUCGCCUGGGAAAUCCGCGACCGGCUGCUGGCCGAGGGCAUCUGCGACAAUGACACAGUGCCCAGCGUCUCUUCCAUCAACAGGAUCAUCCGGACCAAAGUUCAGCAGCCUUUUCACCCAACACCGGAUGGGGCUGGGACUGGAGUGACUGCGCCUGGCCACACCAUUGUUCCCAGUACGGCCUCCCCUCCUGUUUCCAGCGCCUCCAAUGAUCCAGUGGGAUCCUACUCCAUCAACGGGAUCCUGGGGAUCCCUCGCUCCAACGGCGAGAAGAGGAAACGUGAUGAAGUCGAGGUAUACACUGAUCCUGCCCACAUUAGAGGAGGUGGAGGUUUGCAUCUGGUCUGGACUUUAAGAGAUGUGUCCGAGGGAUCAGUCCCCAAUGGAGACUCCCAGAGUGGCGUGGACAGUUUGCGGAAGCACUUGCGAGCUGACACCUUCACCCAGCAGCAGCUGGAAGCUUUGGAUCGGGUCUUUGAGCGUCCUUCCUACCCUGACGUCUUCCAGGCAUCAGAGCACAUCAAAUCAGAACAGGGGAACGAGUACUCCCUCCCAGCCCUGACCCCUGGGCUUGAUGAAGUCAAGUCGAGUCUAUCUGCAUCCACCAACCCCGAGCUGGGCAGCAACGUGUCAGGCACGCAGACAUACCCCGUUGUGACCGGUCGUGACAUGGCGAGCACCACUCUGCCUGGUUACCCCCCUCACGUGCCCCCCACUGGCCAGGGAAGCUACCCCACCUCCACCCUGGCAGGAAUGGUGCCUGGGAGCGAGUUCUCCGGCAACCCGUACAGCCACCCCCAGUACACGGCCUACAACGAGGCUUGGAGAUUCAGCAACCCCGCCUUACUAAUGCCGCCCCCCGGGGUUCCGCCCCUGCCGCUGCUGCCGCUGCCUAUGACCGCCACUAGUUACCGCGGGGACCACAUCAAGCUCCAGGCCGACAGCUUCGGCCUCCACAUCGUCCCUGUCUGACCGCCCGCCCCGAGGGAGGGAGGACCUCCUCGACUCGCAGCCUCCUGGCCGCCGCCCCAGCCCCCCACCCCACCCCCCGCACCCAGGACGCCUGCAGCCCUUCGCGUCACCCGGCCCCGGGCCGGACGGGACUAGUGGAGCCUCCGGCGGGACCCUCGGGCCGGCUGGGCCCACCGACCCCGCCCCUCUCCGCCUGCCUGGACUUCGGAGGGCACCGAGGAGGGCGCGCCCAGCUCCCCCCGGCCUCGCCCGAGCUGCACCCGAGCCGACCAGCGGGCGGGACGCGGGACUCGGGCCGGGCCGCCGCUGGGCGCGGGGACACGUUCUGUGACACACAAUCAGCGCGGACUGCAGCGCGGCCAGCCCCGGAGCAGCCCGCUUCGCCAGGAGGCCUCGCCGCAGGGCCUGGGCAAAGGAAAUGAAGGACAAACUGGUUUUCUGCGGGAGGAAGAGCCUCCUGCCUAACCCUGGGGAAAAGCCCUCGCACCCGCGCCAGCCGGACUGCCCCCGCCUUCCGAGUGCGCCCCGCCCCGAAAGGUGGACUGGAGUGGGGGCUGGGCUCUAGCGGGGAAGGUGGGGGUCGUCUGGUCCUUCCGAGGUUGGGACCCCAGGCACGCAGGCCCCAGCAGCCCGCACCCACCGAGCCGACUCCACCAGAGCCCCAGCCCCCCAGGGCCCAGGCACCCCCUACUAGUGAGGAGACUCAGCCCCACCUUGCCCCUACCUCAGCGUCUCUGCCUCUGUGACACCCCCCGCCCCGUCUUCCCUCCUGCCCGUCCUUUUCCCGACCCACGGUGCUCUGCAUCGCUGCUCCCUGUCUCACCACCCAUCGGAGGCUCUCCAGUGCGGCCCUCCCCCGACACAGACUCUGGAUCUGCCGUCGGCAGGAGCAGGGUCUGAGCUGCGACGAGGUGGAAGCGGGGGCUGCCCACCCACCCCCAGCUCCUCCUCCGGCAGGAACUGAACAGAACCGCAAAAAGUCUACAUUUAUUUAAUAUGAUGAUCUUUGCAAAAAGGAAGAAACAAAAGCCCAACAGGCUGCUGCUCUGUAGAAAGGCGAUGUGUGUCGUGCGAAGGCGAACCCCAGUGUAUAUAACCCCGCCCCGC